CCGAAACUCCAACACGCAGUGACUUUAGACAUGGCAGAAACUACCCAGGAUGUCUCCACCCAGGACAUCUCCUCCCAGUUCCAAGGUUUGUGGAGUUUGUUUCUAUCUGUGAAGUGUGCUUAUCCGCUCAGAACCAAUCUCUCCCCCGCUCACCACUGGCAUGAGCACUUCGAGCACCUCCAAGUUCCACGAUGUAACGAAAGAUAGCGUCAAAGACUCAGAAGGCGAG